AUGGUUGCUGAGAUCAUGCAUCAAUAUGUUAUCGUUACCUGGGUGAUUGUAGCAAUAUUAUGCAGUUUUGCUCUUUUAGGAAAUGGAUUUAUCAUAGUCGUGAAGGGGUAUCAAUGGUUCCAACAAAGGAAGAUGAUUCCUUCUGAUUUCCUUUUGACCUGUUUGAGCAGCUCCCGGGUUCUCGCACUGUUGACUGGUGAACUGGCCUUUUUUCUAGGAAUUGCCACUUCAGAGACAUAUAAACAUACUCGUACAGAGGAAUUUCUAAACUUUAGUUCAUUCUUUUUUGACAUCAACAGCAUCUGGUGUGCCACGUGGCUGAGUGUUCUCUAUUGUGUGAAGGUCACCAACUUUGCCAAUCCCUUCUUACUCUGGCUGAAGCCAAGAAUCAACCUGCUGGCACCUAGAUUGCUUGGGAUUUCAGUAAUUGUUUCCAUGGUUGUCUCUGUUCCUUCAUUUAUCAGAUAUUCUGGAUACAAAAGGCGGUGCAAUCUGACAGGAGAUCUGCCAAUGAACACCAGCGAAAGGAUGAUUUGCAACAAUUUAUUCUCUCUUUUUCGACCUGUGCGGUUCGGCCUGGUUUCCAUAAAUUUCAGCCUAAGCGCUGUCUCAACCAUUCUUUUACUUACCUCCCUGUGGAGGCACAUAACAAAUCUGAGAAAGACUGGUGCUGGUAUGAAGGAUGUCAGCACUCAAGUCCACAUCAACGUCAUGAAGCCUCUGGUGUUCUUUCUCUUCUGCUACCUUUCCUAUUUCAUGGGAAAUGGAUUUAUUAUAGUCGUGAAUGGGUAUCAAUGGUUCCAACAAAGGAAGAUGAUUCCUUCUGAUUUCCUUUUGACCUGUUUGAGCAGCUCCCGGGUUCUCGCACUCCUAAGCACCGUCUCAACCAUUCUUUUACUUACCUCCCUGUGGAGGCACAUAACAAAUCUGAGAAAGAGUGGUGCUGGUAUGAAGGAUGUCAGCACUCAAGUCCACAUCAACGUCAUGAAGCCUCUGGUGUUCUAUCUCUUCUGCUACCUUUCCUAUUUCAUGGUGCUCGGGGUGACUCAGGAACCACAGCAGAUCCCUGCCCAGUAG